AUGAGCUUUAAUAUUCUCAACAUAGGUGAAAAUAUUCUUAUGGAUAAUUCAAUUACCAAUUGUGAAAUGCAUAGCCAUCCACCAUACGCUAAUACAACUUUCAAUAAUUCAGAUGAAAUAAGAAUACCAAUACAAACACAAGAUAUCUAUACACUACCUUGUAAUAGCUCACUGUACAUUGAAGGAAGAUUAGUAGAGGCAAAGGAGAAGAAAUGGUCACCAACAUUACGCCUCGUAAAUAAUUUUGUAUCAUUUUUAUUUGAUGAAUUGCGAUAUGAAAUUGGAGGUAUAGUUGUUGAUAGAGUUCGCAAUCCUGGUAUAACAACCACUAUUAAAGGACUGGUAUCUUUCACAAACAAUGAAGGUAAUAGUUACCAACAUGCAGGCUGGAAUCAUCAAGACUUACACGAAAUACGGAACAGUGAAGGUUAUUUUAGUGUAACGAUUCCACUGAAAAAUCUCAUGGGUUUUUUUGAAGACUUUAAAAAAGUACUAAUCAACAUCAGACAGGAAUUGGUCCUUAUAAGAAGCUCCACAGAUGUGAAUGCAAUUAUAACUUCAACAUCUAGCGAGAAACCUCAUUUAGAUCUGUACAGAAUACUAUGGAGAAUUCCACACAUUCAAGUUGCUGAUACCGAAAAAUUACACCUUAUGAAGUACAUAGAGAAAGGAAGAGAUUUACAACUAGCAUUCCGGAGUUGGGAGUUGCAUGAGUACCCCGUUUUACAACAGACAAAUAAACAUACAUGGAAUGUCAAGGCUACCAAUCAAUUGGAAAAACCACGUUUCGUUAUUGUUGCUUUCAAACUGAUCGGAAAGGACAGCUGA